CCCUCUCCUAUAUAUGUCAGCAUUCCCCCUUUGAUCAUUCCAAUUGCCUCAAAUCAUUGUCUCUGCAUCUCUUUAUUGCUGUCUUCAUUACAAUCUCCAAGCCACUCAAUCAAUCUUUUUUCCAAUAUAGGUUCCUUCAUGGAGAGAAUUCAAGAAUAGUCAUGGCUGGAACAUUUGGAAACAAUUUACAUCCAUGGAUAUUGGGUAUCCUUUUUCUCUUGAAGUUUUUCUUAUGAGAAUGAAAAAUAUGCAGACUGUGGAAUUGAAGGUGGAGAUGGUAGGAAUACAUGAAAAGAGACUAAGGAAGUGUCUAUCCAAAGUAAAGGGGAUUGAGAAGGUGGAAGUGGAUGUAAGCAGUCAAAAAGUGAUGGUCACAGGGUACACUCAUCGGAACAAAGUCCUAAAGGCAUUGAGAAGAGGUGGUUUGAAAGCCGAGUUUUGGUCUGCACAAAAUGAACUUCUCAAUGCUUAUGCCAGUGCCACCUACGGGAGCCUUAGAAUUAACAAUUUUAAUCUCUUCUAAGUCCCCCCCCCCCCCUUUUUUUUUUCUGUUUUUGGUUCAUGAUACGUGAGGUUUGUGUUUUCAAUUUUUCUUUCAUUUUCUACCCUACAAAGGAAUAGUCAGUUUUUUUUUUUGUUAGAGAGAAUGAAAUCUAUAGGCCAAGUAUUUCAUUUA